CUUCACUUAAUUGUAUAAAUGUUGUAGAGACGUGCACCGCCGUGCGUAAAAUGGUACGCUCCACCUAUAGCCUUUAACUGCCAGCAAAGCUCAUUAAGUCCCUCACUUAUCUCUGAGUCACGACGAAGAUGAGCCACGGAGACCGCUACACUUCUUCAUCCUACAGGAAGAUCUUCGGGGAGUCUCCCAGGUUUUCCUCCUCCACCUACCGCAUGAGCAGCUCCUCUCCCCGGGGCUCCCCGGUGCUCCGGUCAAUGGCUGUGUCCUCCCGCAACAGCGCCAGCUCUCUCAGCUUGUACAGACGGACAGGCCGCUCCUCCUUCUCCUUCAACCCAAUGACCACCGACUCCUUGGACUUGACCCAGACUUCUGUGGCCAACAAUGAACUCAAAGUUAUCAGAACUAACGAGAAGGAGCAGCUGCAGGUGGGUGUAGCAGACGGAAAAAAAUAAUUCGCUUCUUUCACGUGUAUUUCCUGCUCAAAAAUAUUUAGUUCAACUUUGUAAUCCAAGUUUAUAACACCAAUGGUAAUCCAUAGUGUGAAGUUUGAGAUACUGGGGCGCAAAAUGAGUUUUGGUACUUCAACAAAUUAGAAAAAGUUGAUUUUAUUCGUAAUUUAGUACAAAGAGGUAAACUAUCCUAUAUUCCUCACAGUAAGGUAAAUAUUUCCUCCUGUUUUCUGUUUUAUUUCUUGUGUGGCAUGGCAUGAAGACACUGAGCACUGCCAAGGUGUUACUGAAGCAGGCAGUUUUAGCAGAGGCUUCUAGCUUGCUUGUAUUUUGGGGUCAAUGUUUCCCAUCUUCUUCAUGAAAGUAUUCCACAGUUUGGCCAAUCCAGUGCAGUAAGGCCAGAUACUCAGCAGGCCAUUUGGUGGUAGUUUUGGUGCUGUGGGUAGGUGCUAAGUGCUGAUGAAAAAGAGUGUCAAUGUCACUGAAAGGGCUGUCAGUGGAAACAUGACCUGCUCUUUGUAGACAGCUGUUUUAUCUUUAAAAUUGGAUAAAACACAGCAGACCUAAAGCAGCAUAUGACAUGACAUCAUCUCAGACUGGGGAAACUUCAGACUGGACUUCAAGCACCUUGGAUUCUGGGUCUCUCCAAUCUUCCUUUCUCCAGACUCUGGGAGCUUGACUGCCAACAGAGAUGCUUCAUUUACUUUCAUCUGAAAGGAGGACUUCAUUUCACUGAUCACUGAGCAGCGGUCCAGAUCUUUUCCUCCUUCCUCCUUGACUCUUCCUGAUGUUCCUCUCAAGGCUGCCGUCAUCCUUGUUGUUUGGUCACCUUCUCUUCCCACAAUUUCUCCCUCCAGUCACACUAAUACAAACUCAUGAAACCCUCACAGCAAUAACCCUCCAUGAUGGGUGUCAGUGCUCUUCAUCCUCUGGACAGCUGAAGUCAGAAGUCUUGAUUGUUGUUACUCAACCAGACUAAGAGAUACUCAGUAUUUUUAUAGCUGUGGGCCAUAAUUAACAAAAUACUAAAAGCAUUUUAUGUGCAACGAGUUUAGAUUACAAUGAAGUUUUCUUUUGUUAAAUUAUUGAUGGGAAAUAUUAAACUUACAAUAUCCUGAUUUGGUGGGAUGCACCUGUAUAUUAAAAGCUUUAAAGUAAGACAUUGUUCCUCAGUAACCGUCAUUUUUACAGUGUUUUAUACAGCUGAUGUAAAAUGUUGUCCAUAUUAAGGUCUUUAAGCCGUCUUCUAGGAAACAGAGACUGAUGUCCUGGACCUCAGGUACGGGGUUAGGUGGUUAAUUGCAUUUACCUGAUAAAGUAAAUUAGUUUAUAUAGAUAGAAACUGGGCUACUAUUGUCACAGGGAUGCCUUUCUUAAUGUUAUCAAGCCUGUAACUGGUGUAUCGACUCUUUAAACAAUCUUUGUCAUCAGCCUUGAUGGAUGGACUAAUAAUUCUUGGCAUUGUGUGAAUCAGAUGACAAAGCAAAUGUCCACAGGCCUUCUUUCCAUUUAGUUUAGAUAUGAAGUUUGAGAAACUCCAAGGGUUUGUUGCUGAUAGUCUCUUUGAAGGUAAAGCACCACUCACAACUCUGCGAGUAGGCCCUAGUUCAGUGGGCAUCUUGCAGGUCUAAAACUAAUCAAGUUCAUCCCCCAAGUUAAGAAUGAACUCUUCAUAACUGGUGAAAUGAGUGGAGGUCUUGGUGAUAAAUUAUGUUUGAUGCAGUAGAUUUUGUAGCAAGUUUAAGGUUAAUUGAAUCAACAUAUUUGGAAAAUUACCGCCGAGUUUUGGGUUAAAAUGACAUCAAUCCUGUUCCCCAGGGCCUGAAUGACCGCUUCGCCAUGUUCAUCGAUAAAGUGCGUAACCUGGAGCAGCAGAACAAAAUGUUGGAGAUGGAGCUGUUGACGCUGCGACAGAAACAGGGCGAGCCGUCCCGCGUCGCUCUGCUGUACCAACAGGAGAUGAGAGAGCUGAGGUCACAGGUGGAGGAGCUGAACCGAGAGAAGAACCGCGUCCUGAUCGAGAGGAACAACGUGGAGGAUGAGCUGCAGGUAGAACACAUGAGUGAAGGGGGUUGGUGGUUUAGCUUGACUGGUGAAGCAGGUACCUCAUGUAGAGAGAUCACAGUUCUCUGAUUUAACUGUUGAUUUUGUGCCAUUGGAUUAAAAGUGAGAGUGAGAUGAGAGUGUUGGGACACUGAAAAUUUUAACAUUAUUUAAUCUGUCCAGUAGCAAGAGUUAAGAGUGCCCAGUGUUUGUCCUCAAGAAGUGCUUAUUUUUUUGUACCGACAGCCUCAAAUAAUUAUUUCAGUGUCUGACAACAAUACACAAAGAACCUUGCACAGAAACAACGAACAUAAAGCCGUUUAUCAGAUAGCUCAUGAGAUUUACUGAUCAAUGACUGCCCGAUCGCUCCACUCUCUGUGGGAGUUCUACAUUUUUUCUGUUAUACAAGAUAUCUGUUUGAUCCAAACUUUUCUUUAAACACAAAAAAUUAAUAAUUACACAUGCAAGUGAUCCAAUUUAGGUGGUACGUAUAAAGCCAAAUUCAAUUAGGGAGUCAACUUUAUCCUCUAUAACAAUAUUUAUAGCUCGGUAAAUUCUUAAUCAGGUUUGUUAAACCAUGAGCAUUUGCCAUGAAUCAAGUAUAUCUGAAUAAAAUCUGUGUUUGUGAAACAAUAAAUUAAGCAUUUUUGAAUGCCCUAAUGCAUAACAGCAAUGUAUAUAUAUUGUUAAUAUUCAUAUUUAAAAUACACCUGUAUUUCAAAUAUAAAACACCUAAAAUUCACCAACAUGAUAGUUUUUUUAAAAUGCAAAAUGGUGAUAUUAUUAUUUUUUUCAAAUUUAAAAAUCAAUCACAAACAUUUUCAGUAAACAUUAUUCAAUGAUCCCCACAUGAUCACAAAAAGAUCAAUAAAGUUCUAUCCCAUCUUAGUUAAUCUUACUUACAAACAUAUAUGCAUUUGCAUUUAUAUUACAUAUAUAUGCAAAUGCAUAUAUAAACCAUAUUUUAUAAUAGUACUAUUGCACAGUAUCAUGAACUUAAUGUGAAUCUAAACAAUAGUUAAGAGUAGAAUAGAAAAUAAAAGAAAACCCUUUAGCAUUAUUGUACCUGUACAAAAAAAUUAUAUUAAAAAAAAAAAACUACAGCUGUACUUAGUGCAAGUUAAAGUAAUACAAACAAAAACACCUGAUAACACAUGUAAACAAACUACAAGUUAACAAGUACAAGUAAAACACUAGAUAUUUUCCUGAGAAACACAAUCAAUAAUCAUAAAAAUAAUGCUAAGUUAUAAAAAUAAGUUCAAUCACUAAUCUGUUAAAUAUGGAUGUUGCUAUUGCACUUCAUGUCAUUUUAAGCCACCCGGACUGAAAACGUAGGAUUUUCCUGGCUGAAAAUUAAGGCCUUACCCUUUUGCUAUUCCACCACCUCUGAUUCUUUACUUGUGUGCUCAUCUCAUUAGAAACUCUCCUUGAAGUAUGAUGAGGAGGUGAGGACCAGGGAGGAGGCUGAGCAUACCCUGAAGUCGUUUAGGAAGGAUGUAGAUGAUGCUGCUGCCGUUCGCCUGGACCUGGAGCGCCGUGUGGAGACGCUGUUGGAUGAGAUCUCCUUCCUGAGAAAAGUGCAUGACGAGGAAAUCCAGGAGUUGAGCAGCUUGAUGGAAGCUCAACAAGUCUCUGUGGAGCUGGAGCUCGCCAAACCAGACCUCACUUCUGCUCUGAAGGAGAUCCGCAACCAGUACGAGUCCAUCGCCUCCAAAAACCUGCAGUCUGCUGAAGAGUGGUACAAGAACAAGUUUGCCAGCCUGAGCGAGCAGGCAACAAGGAGCAAUGAGGCCAUGAGGGCCAGCAGGGAGGAGAUAAGUGAGUUCAGAAGGCAGCUGCAGUCCAGGACCAUCGAGAUAGAGACCCUGAGGGGUGCCAAUGAGUCUCUGGAGCGGCAGAUUGCAGAAAUGGAGGAUGCACACAACAGUGAAGUCACAGCCAUGCAGGUAAGGAGCCCUGUGAUCACUUUGUGCACUCUCAGUUAAGUCUUGACUUGGAUUUGUUCACACCCAGCCUGUUAUUUUGGAGCCAAAAGCCAGAAAAGCCAUAGGCCAGUGAAUAAGUGACCAGCUGAGAUCACAGCAAGCUUGAUUAGUCAGGUGCACAAUGAUAUUCAUGAUAACUGUGAAAAAUACUAGAAGGCUGUUUUCUGCAAACCAGAAUCAAGUGUUUUUCCAAAAUAAACAAACAGAAGACUCCUCCAAUACGAGCCAGCGCUGAGCAAAGACCUUCUAGUAGUUGAUUGUAGUGGUGACUUGUCAGUCACAGGGUACAGCCAAAUGCUGUAACACCAUACUGUGUUAAAUAAGAAUUGAAAUAAGUUAUUAAGACCAUAAAUUAAUUUUGAAAAUAUUCACUGAGGUCUUAAACCUGCAUAGCUGGAGGUUAGAUUUUUGUAGACUUCUAUAUCAUGAAAUGUGCUGUAUUUUUUCAACCUGUAGAAAUGUUUUUUUGUAGGCAUUCAUAUUUCCUUCACAAAGAGUUCUUUUUUGGACUCAUUGUAAUAUUCUCUAAAAAGCCACUGAAGUGACAUGAAAAUUUAUAUAUAUAUAUCCUAAGAAAUCUUUCGAGACCUCGGAAUUUUUUGUUGCAAAUACAUUUCUUUGACAUGUAACUCCUUCUUAGGUCACAGAAACCAGGGUAAGAUCCACAAAUUUGGCCUUCCUGGGUCAAAGGCUCAUUGGCAGAUAAAUGCUUUUACAAAAGCAACCCAUCUUUUCAGCCUUAGUGAGAUAGACAGUGAGAUACAACCUGAUGAGUGCAAGCUGUCCUCUGAGCUGAACAGCUUACAGUGGAUACUAAUCACAGGUAGCAGUGAGUAGAGUAUUCAGGGACCAUCUGCAAAUUACUUUUGGAAUCGACCAAAGCAUUUUUUUCUUCAUAUCCCCUGCAGAUAUAAAGACAGACAUCUUGGCACCUGUUUAGUAAGUUAGCAUCUAAUAGUAAAGGAAACGUUUUGACUAGGACCAGCCAAAGAAGUUGACAUGAUUUACCUGUGCUGCAGACUUGCACUAUAAUGAACACUUAACCGUCAAAUAUUAGGUAAUGAUCUAUGCAUUGGCUGGUGGAAAACUUGAGAUACAACUAUUUCUUUAAACUGCCUCAUUGUCAAAUGUUAAACUUCAGAUGAACUCAGUGUUGUUUAAAAAAAGAGGAAAUCACCUGCUGGCACAGAGCGUAUGAUGGGCAUGACCGUCUACAACACUGCACAAUAAUAGGAUUGGAGGAGAGCAGACCUCAGAGUCAAGUUCCUCAUAAAUUAUGUCACGGCUUGAGUAAUGCUGUUAGCCAAGUUCCCCCGCUGCAGGGAGCUUCAAACUUAGACAUCAAAAAGAGAUGUCAGUCUUAUAAUGCAAAACGAUCAUGCUGCCUGUGAUAAAUCACUGUGUUAAUUUCUAAGAUGAAUAUCUGCAUGAAGAACAAGCUAGGCUACAGUUAGCAGAUGUUAGCUUAACUCAGUAUCAGAUUAAGAUUUUGGUGUUUAGGUUAGCCGCUUUCUUAUGCUUGCAGUCUUUGUUAUAGGUCAAAGUGAGCUAAGAUAAGCUAAGCGAGCUUUGCUAAGCAGCUUCUGUCUGGAGAUUUGUCAUACAGACACAACAGUGAUUUUUUUACCUUCUCAUGAUGGCAAGAAAGUGGAGAAUCAUUUAUCAUUCAAACAAGAUGAGAAAAAAAAAAGGAGAAAUAAGUGCUCCCUAAAACAUGAUAUUUGUUAUCUUUAAAAUGGCGUAAAUUGAUGGAGGCUAAAGAUACGGUUUCCUUUAUCCAACUCUGUAUUGUGAAAUUUCAGACAUUAGGGUUGUUUGCUUCACGUCUGGGGUCAAACUUGACCUUUCGUGAGAGCUGGUCAAUAUGUGACAGUGAGACUGUGAGUAUGACUGAAACAGAUCUUAGUUAACUGACCCCGCGUGGCUAUUAGAUUAACUUCUGACCUGUUAAAUUGGAUAUAGGAAGGCAGCCUGCUUUCACUGGCCUCUUAGAGGAGGUAAGGCUAAUCCUUGAAGGUUAUUGUAUUCCUUUUAGGCGCAGAAACAAAUUCAGCCUUCAAUAUUUAUACCACAGGAGGCCUCUAACAUGGUGGAUUAAAAUCAAUCUAUACAUGCUUCAUGAAUUUAAUCACUUAAUCUCCGUGUUUUCCUCUCCUCUAAUUCUCUUUCUCUGGAUAUCACAGGACACUAUCAGCCACCUGGAUACUGAGCUAAGGAACCUGAAGGGUGAGAUGGCUCAGCACCUGAGAGAGUAUCAGGACCUGCUUAACGUCAAGAUGGCCCUGGACAUAGAGAUCGCAGCCUACAGGUGCUCACUGCAUUUUAAGGGACAUUAAAAGUUGGGGUCUAAAUAUUGUCUCAGUAGUUUGGUAAUUAAGUGCUUCCAUCAAUGUCUUGUUCAUAGCUGGUGUCAGUGUGUAGUUUUGGUGCUCAGUUCACCUCUACCACAGAGAUAAACACACCGCCACACAUUGAGAUCUAAUCACUCAAGCCUUACAGAGAGCUGGUCUGUGACAGAUUUGUCCAUUUUGUCAUGCCAGCACAUAUCCUGGGGCCACAUUUAGGACCAGCCACUCUCCUGUGUCCACAACGAUCACCAGGAGUAACAGACUAUCCAUCUCUCAGUAAUUUAAUGCACCUGCUUUAAGCUACUGCAGUCUGCACUGUUGUUCUUAUACUUCACCAAUAAACUGCAUAAAGCUGCACAGGAACACCUGGUUAGUAGAUCAAACUCUUAAUAUCACGCCUCCUCUUACCUCCAUAUCUACCCAUUCUCUCCUCCCACUGAGCAACAGACGGCUGUUAGACAUCUAUGUAGUUGUUUUUAGACCUAAUUUUAACCGUCUAUAAUUUGUUUAUUUUUAGACAGAAUUUAGACGUUGCACUUUAGCCCAUUAUUAGAUAGAUAGAUAGAUAGAUAGAUAGAUAUUUUAUUGUCAUUGUGACAAGCAUAAUGAAAUUAAAACUGUGAGUUGCAUAACUGAUCUCCAAGUACUUAACCAAAAUAAUUGAUUGCCGUUCAGCAAUAUACAGUUAGACCUCUCUUAGCCAGCUAGUCUAAACUUGGUUUAGUCUAAAAAACUUUCGUUUUUAGACCUUUGGUAGCCUGAUUUUAGACCAGUCGUCUAGGCAACAUUUAGACGUCUAUUAGACCUCUUUCAGACCAAAAAAUGCUCAGUGGGAUAGAUCAACCUGAUAACAGUAAUUUCUGUUAAAAACAUGGAUGGUAUACAAUCUCUACAUUGUGUGGUGUUUAAAGCCUUUGUUUCCUCUUUGACAUUGUUUCCCUUUCUGUCCCACAAGGAAACUUCUGGAGGGGGAGGAGACCCACUUUAACACAGGGAUGUCGUUCAGUGCUACCAGCUACAGCUACCAGCCUCGCGGCUCCGUCGGCUCCACCAGGAGCAGCCAGAGGGAUAAAGAUGGAGCCAUGAAGGAGAGCUUUAAGGAAAGCCGCGAGGAUAAAGACGAGGCCGACAUCAACUCCAACAACUGACGAGGGAUGUCUACAGAGAUCUGGAGAGUGAAGAAAGGGCUAUACUGUUUGUGUAUUGUCAGUUUUUUCGCAACUCUUAUACAGAUGUUUCGGAGUUAGAGCUGGGAGUCAGGACUUUGGGUGGUAAACAGUAUCUUACAGUUGAAUAAUGCUUCAGAG